GGCGGAAGUGGUCAGGCGCGGCCGGCGAUGGCGGAGGGAGGCGCGGAGCCCGGGCAUGGCGGCGCCGGCCCUGGGCUGGCCCUGGCCCUGGUGGAGGGCAGCGCCGGCCGCGCCGCCCGCGUCGGGGACCCCGACGACCUGGUGGCCCUGGCGCGGCAGGUGCAGCAGGCCGAUGACUUCGUGCGGGCGAACGCCUGCAGCAAACUGGCCGUGAUCGCCGAGCAGAUCCGGCACCUGCAGGAGCAGGCGCGGAAGGUCUUGGAUGAAGCUAACAGAGAUGCUGAUCUGAACCACGUGGCCUGCAACCUUGUGAAGAAGCCAGGAAACAUUUACUACAUGUACAGGAGGGAGAGUGGGCAGCGAUACUUCUCCAUCCUGUCUCCUAAGGAAUGGGGAACCACUCCCCACGAAUUUCUCGGUGCCUAUAAGCUCCAGCAUGACAUGUCCUGGACUCCCUUUGAGGACAUUGAGAGACGAGAUGCAGAAAUAGCCAUCCUGGAGAAGCUGCUGAGCCGGCAGGCAGCACUGCCCCCCUGCACAGAGCCCAACUUCCAGGGCCUGACCAAGUCACAGGAGUGACCACACAGGACCCCCUGAGCAGAGUCCCUGUGUGAGGGGACACCGGGCCCGGGCACAACCAGCAGGGCAAGGAAAGAGCCCAAGAAACAAAAAUGCUGAUUGCUCUGUGCUUUAAGGACACUAAUUAUGUAUUCAAUCCUAC